AUGGCGUUCCACAUAUUACAUACAUUAAAGCAUGGUGCAGAACUACCUCCAGAAGUUGUCAAUUACAUGUAUUCGACAGGAGCAUUUAUGAUCUUGAAGGAUUUUCCGGAAGGCCACGAAUUUGGUAUCGACUACAAGUCUUGGACCGUCGGUCCAAAAUUCAUGGGUUUAAAAAUGAUACCUGCUGGUGUGCAUUUCGUAUAUUGCAGUGUAAAAGGAGCACCGAGAAUAGGUUUCUUUCACAAUUUUAAGUCGGAAGAGAUAGUGGUAAAGAAGUGGGAUAAACAGAAGGAAGCGUUUUCCGAUGAGAUUAUAUCCGAUGAGGAGGUGAAUCGGUUCAGAUUAAACUUGAAGGAUAUUGAUUCGACGUUAGGACCUUAUCCUUUCGAGAACUAUCGUAGUUGGUACGCGUUGACGGACUUCGUUAAUGGACAGACUGUGGAAAGACUCAAUCCAUUAAAAGGUAAAAUAUCAGCGCAGGCCGAACUGGUCAGUAUGGAGACGUGUUUAAUGGAGAAUGAAGAGCUCAAUGCCACUGUUGGAUGCAGUAACAGUGUAGAUCGUGAGCAUCCUGUUCGCACACGAUUCGUAGACCAAGAAGGUUUGCCGAUAAUGAAAAUUAGGGAAGGAUACGAGAUUCGAUUUUCUCCCAUACCUCAGCUAAGGGCAGACGAGAAACGGGUAGGUAUCGACUACACAGAUCGACUGGAGCGUCUCAUACGACAGUUAAAUGGCGACUGGAAACAGUUGCUAGCCGAAGUUCAAUUUGCAUUUGCGUGCUUCUUGAUUGGGCAGGUUUUUGAAGGAUUUGAGCAGUGGAAACGUUUUAUACACCUGCUAUGUUGUUGCCCAUCUGCUCUUGGCUCACUUUCGGAAAUGUUUAUAUCAUUCAUAAGAGUUCUCUUUUUCGAAUUGAAGGAAUGUCCCACAGACUUCUUUGUCGACAUCGUAUCACGAGACAAUUUUCUCACCACUACUUUAUCGAUGUUGUUCGCGAACAUUCGAGAUUCUGAUUGUGCUCCACCGGAGCUUAAGAAGAAGUCCAUGCAAUUCAAGACAUACCUCACAAAAGAGUUCAAAUGGGAUUUUGAAUGUGAUUAG